AUACGACAUGCCAAAAGAUUUUACUAUGCAGACUUAAAUUUUGAAUUAGUUAGGCUUAGAGCUAUUGCUGAAUAUAUGAAGAAAAUGAUUUAUCCUGUUACUGUUAAAAUCCCUGGAAGAGAUGAUUUUCUUGUCAUCCUGAAUGUUAACAUCACAACUGAAUGCAAAUACGUGGGGAAUGGAAGCAAGUGCACUUUCUGGAAUGAAACUUUGCAAAAGUAUAGUGAAUUUUGCAAAGAUUUGCCAGAAUGCUCACAUACAUCCACGUCUAACUGUAAUGACUUGACCACGGAUGAAAUAGGAUUCUGCCGAGAGGAUGUUUCCAGUCUAAUACAAAAAGUUACGGCAAAAGGCACCUUUACAAUGAAUCGGGAAUACCUUGAUGACUUUCGAAAUAAGUCAUCAGAAGCUUAUCAAGAUCUUAACAAUAACCUUACGGCAUCGCUUGCCAAGUCUUUCAGUAACCUGAAGGGGUUCCAGUGUGUCAAAAUACUGCAGUUUCGCAAAGGAAGCCUCAUUGUGGAGUUUGAAUUGAACAUCAAUGGAGAAUUAUCAUCCAAGGAUUUUUUAAGGCAAGCCGAAGAUGCGAUUUCUCUGAUUGGGAGCGAGGCUGACAGCGAUUCCUUGAAACUGAAAGUUCAUGGGCUACUGAAGAUGGAAGUCUAUCCUGAGGUCAUUCGUUAUAAGGGUGUUGUAAAUCUGUCAUGUAUCAUUAAGGGCAGGGUUGAUGAAUCAAAAUGGUUCAUCAGGGCAUCAAGAGAGAAGGAAGAUGCCCCCAUUGCUGAACGUCUUUAUGUCUUGGACGAAGGUGAUCAACGCUCUGUCAGCAAACUUUCGAUAAACGCAACUGCAAUUUGGAAAGGGAAAUACACCUGUUCUAUGAGUGUAUUUAACGGAUCAAUUGUACAGGAAGUCCAGAGAGAAGUACAAUUUUAUCUUCUCCCUGAUGAGAUUAUAGUAACUCCAUCAAAUUACACGAGACUUUCAGAUUCACAACCAAAUCACAACUUCUCUAAUGAUGUUCAGUGCUGCAUCAAGCAGGACAAUGAAGCAUAUGAUGUUACAUUGGAAUCAGAUACCAACAAUUUUGCAACAGAUUCAGGAGGAAAUCCGAAAACUCUCAAUAACCAAACAUGUUGGACAUUUACAUUACAUUGCACAGUCCAGACCACUACUGAAUUUAAAUGCAAUUUUACAAAUCGUGCAAAUAUAAGCACAAGUGAAAAUUUCAGACUUAUUUUCCUAAAUGAAAGUAAUACAAAAUGCCCACCUGACAAGAACGGAAAUUACAUUUGGCCCACUACACAAGCCAACUCGUAUGCAGAAUCCAAUUCCACGUGCGAAGAAGGAAAUGUUGGGAAAAUAAUAAGAAACUGUGAUGAAAAAGGCCAAUGGCAGAACGUGUUUAAAAAUUGUACUUUCGUAAAACUAUUGAAAUUAUGGGACAUUUCAGAGGAGAUCAAGCAAGGACGUGGUAAUGUGACAAAAGUGGUCACAGAAGUAUUGGAUGAGUUAAAAGAUACCAUGAAAGCCACAGGAAUUACCAUUGCAAAUAAUCGCGCUUCCGUUAAAAUUCUGGAUUCAAUUUCUCAGGCAGUAAAUAACUCAAAUUCUGAAGUUUCUUUCACGGAGGUGUCAAACUUCCUUUCAAUUGCGAGUACACUAAUUGAACAGAAACUCCGAACAGCUGAAGAUGCACAGAUUCAGAAUUCUGAUACAAGCACGUUAAUGAUAUCCAUUGAAACAUUUGCCACAGCAAUGGAUUCCACUGAGAAAGAUAGGAAUCAAUCUCUUCAACAAAUUCAGCUAAAAGCAAUUGAAUUUGAUGCUCGUUCCACAGAUUAUUAUUAUGUGAACUUCUCUGGGAAUAGCACUGCCACAUUAAAUGUGACUGGUUGGGGAAACUUAUCAAAUAAUGUCAGAAUAUCUAACCUUCUUUUUGCAGAUUUGGAUAAGGUUUUACCCUCAACAGAAGAAGACCUGAUAGUGAACAGCCAGAUUUUAACAUCAACAAUCAUUUCAACGAGUAAUCGAACCAAUAAGAUAAGCCCUCUUAUCAAGCUUACAUUGUCUCCAAAAACUCUACCAGCUAAUCUGAAAACCGCAAGAUGUGUGUUUUGGGAUUACAGAGUCAUCAACAAUACGCAAAUAGGCUGGUCAUCCAACGGCUGUAACACAACAACGAUUGAAAGUAACAUACUUUGCACAUGUAACCAUUUAACAUCGUUUGCUGUGCUUAUGUCGCCAAAUCCCAAACUCAUUCCAUUUAUUGAUGAACUGACCUACAUUGGGUUAAGCAUUUCAAUUAUGUCACUAUUAAUUUGUAUCACUAUUGAAAAGAUAACGUGGAAGACAGUUACUAAAAGUAGCAUUGCCUAUUCACGGCACAUAACCCAGCUUAACACUGCUGUCGCUUUACUGCUUGCUCAGAUUUCAUUUCUAAUAGGUUCAACUAAAUAUAUAAAAAUGCAAGAUGACUUAUGUACAGUUGCUACAAUUUUCACUCAUUUUUUCUUCCUCUCCACGUUCUUUUGGACAUUAAAUCAAAGUCUAACACUCUUGCAUCAGAUUAUCUUUGUUUUCCACCACAUCGGGAGGUUAACCUUUAUAUCAUUUUGUUUUCUCAUUGGCUAUGGCGGUCCAUUGGCCAUAGUAAUUGCUACAACCACAAGUUUCCUGAAGAAAGACAUGUACAAGAGAAAAGACAACUGUUGGCUAAAUGCCACGCUGAAUCACAAAUUCUCUGCAUUUUUAACAUUCAUCAUACCUGUCGGAUGCAUUAUUGCCAUCAAUAUAAUUAUCCUGACAAUAGUCAUUUUGAAACUGCUGAGGCCAAAUAUUUCUGAAGGAUUAAAGCAGGAAAAAGAAGCAAUAAAGAAAAUCAUGAAGGCCGUCCUUAUUUUCACUCCAACAUUUGGAUUGACAUGGAUCGUUGGAUUUGCCCUGCUUAAGAAUAAUAGUGAUUUUUUACACUAUGCUUUUGUUCUAUUAAACUCAUUCCAGGGCUUGUUUAUUCUAUUAGCUGCUGGAUUCACAGAAAAGAAGAUAAGAGAAGCCUUAGUUAACCAUUUCAAGCCGAUGGUUUCCCGCACUACAUCUGAGAAUGUCCAAACAAAACACUCUUUUCAAUCAUCUACAAAAUAAGGUGAGUAAAGUUGGUGAUGAAAGCUUCAAAAUGUAACAAAGACAAUAAAUGUACAGAACAAGAGAAGGCCAUUUGCUCUAUCAGAGUUGUUUUUCAGUUUGGCAAUUUAGCAAGGACAGCAGUAAAUCUGUCUUAGGGUAGAUUCUGCUUUUAACGAUCAAUGUAGGUUCAGUUUCCUACCUAACCUCUCCCUUCUGCUCAGGCCCAUGAGUCCCGGCAAUAUCCACAUUAAUUUUUUCUGCACUCUUUUCAGCUUAAUAACAUCCUUCUUAUAGCAGGGUGACCAAAACUAAGCCCAUACUCCAAAUGUGGCCUCACCAACAUCUUAUAUAAAUGUAACAUAACAUCCUAACUUCUAUACUUAGUACCCUGACAGAUGAAGGCCAAUGUACUAAAACCUUCUUUACCACCCUAUAUAUCUGUGAUGCCAUUUUCAAGGAAAUUGAGAAAAUAUGUUAAAGGUAUGAUGGAAUGACAGAUAAAACAUAUAUAGAUUAGAAAAUCAAUGUAACAAAAAGCUAUACUAUGCAUUUUUUUAAGACCCAGAUUAGGGAAUCAAGAACUAGAGGACAUAGGUCUAAAGUGAGAAGAGAAAGAGGCAGAUGUAUUACACAGUAUAUAACAAAACGCUAGCUGAACAAAAAAACAUGGCAGAUGUUUCAAUAGAAGCCAGAGCUUGGAAUGAACUUAUGCACAAGGUUCUCGCACUUGACCAAUGCAACAUAUCCUUGAAAGCGCCAGAAGUAAUGCCUGCAGGAUGACCCAUGAAGUAAUUAAGAUCCAAUUGCAUUCCACAAUGCAAGUUCUUUAAGUUCCUUAUGAUAGGGUGAAUUUACAGAGGCUUAAUGGUCUUCCUCAAGCAGAGCUAUUUUGCACUCUUGAGCAAUUCAGGCAGUAUAAUGUGGAUAAAUGUGAGGUUAUCCACUUUGGUGGCAAAAACAGAAAAGUAGACUAUUAUCUGAAUGGUGGCCGAUUAGGAAAAGUGGAGAUGCAACGAGACCUGAGUGUCAUGGUACACCAGUCAUUGAAAGUAGGCAUGCAGGUGCAGCAGGCAGUUAAGAAAGCGAAUGGUAUGUUAGCAUUCAUAGCAAAAGGAUUUGAGUAUAGGAGCAGGGAGGUUCUACUGCAGUUGUACAGGGUCUUGAUGAGACCAUACCUGGAGUAUUGCAUACAGUUUUGGUCUCCUAAUCUGAGGAAAGACAUUCUUGCCAUAGAGGGAGUACAGAGAAGGUUCACCAGACUGAUUCCAGGAUUGUCAGGACUUUCAUAUGAAGAAAGACUGAAUAGACUCGGCUUGUACUCGCUAGAGUUUAGAAGAUUGAGGGGGGAUCUUAUAGAAACUUACAAAAUUAUUAGGGGAUUGGACAGGCUAGAUGCAGGAAGAUUGUUCCCGAUAUUGGGAAAGUCCAGAACAAGGGGUCACAGUUUAAGGAUAAGGGGGAAAUCUUUUAGGACCGAGAUGAGAAAAACAUUUUUCACACAGAGAGUGGUGAAUCUCUGGAAUUGUCUGCCACAGAAGGUAGUUGAGGCCAGUUCAUCGGCUAUAUUUAAGAGGGAGUUUGAUGUGGCCCUUGCGGCUAAAGGGAUCAGGGGGUAUGGAGAGAAGGCAGGUACAGGAUACUGAGUUGGAUGAUCAGCCAUGAUCAUAUUGAAUGGUGGUGCAGGCUCGAAGGGCCGAAUGGCCUACUGCACCUAUUUUCUAUGUUUCUAUGUUUCUAUGAGGAAAACUGGUUGUGGACAGAAAUUAAAAGCAACGAAUGGGGAGAUGAAGGGGAUAAAAUCAAGAGCGGGGUGAAAUUCAGAGUGAUGUGGAGGCAAGGGGAAAUAUUUAAUGGUGUGUGGAAACAGACCAGUAGACAAAAGUGUGACAAUUAAAAUAAGGGGUAGUGAUUGCACCUCCUGCCAUAGAUAGCUGAUUUUUAAAAAUGCAAUAAGGGUUACUGACAAUACGGUGUGUGAAUUAUUAAUGAUAUAAGCAAUACCCCAAUGGCAUCGGGACAUCAUUUAUAAUAUGACUAAUGUCUCUUUAAAUCAUACUUGAUUUACAACUUUCAACAUACCGUAUGUUCCUUGUUGAACAGGACAUUAUUAAUGCAGAUCAUAAACUGCAGCUUUUUGAUCCUCUUUCUGUCAUUCAGCCAUGAAAAUAAUCUACAACAUGCCCAAAAUUACAUGUUAUAUGCAGUUUAUCUCUAAUUAUAGAUGCAAAUGACUUUUUCCCUAAUUCAAUUGCUCAGGUUAUUUCUUUGGUGUUAUAAUUUCUUAUAAUUCAGAGCUAUAUUAUUGUAUAGCUUUAAAUUGAUUAACUUUAUUAACUUAAAUAAAGGACUUCCCCAACAGAUUAUGAAGAAUGGAAAAGAACAGAAUUUCUACAGCAAUUCAUUUGCUGAUUUCUUUAAUGUUUAUUUUAGUAUACUUCUUGGUAAAAUACAGUAUAUAAAUUCCAAUAUGGUCUUUGUAAAAAUAAGGAAUAAUAAAACGAGUGAACAAAAUGACAAGUUUAGUUGAAUUCAACAGCUUUAAAAUAGUUUCUGAUACUAAUUUGUUUUUUUUAAUUUUAUUUCAUGUCAAUUAUUAAUAAUUAUAACAAUGGAAAAUGUUUUUUAAAUUUUGUUUAUGGUGUUUGGACAUGCAUUUAUUGAAAUAAAACAUGUUAUUUUUGGUUGUUUAAAGCAUGUUUUAUCUAUUUGCUAGAAUUAGGUUUUGUCUUUUGAUGAUUUAAUUUAUACUGAUAACAGGAUUAGAUGUUUGUUUCAUUUUUUGUUAAAGAAUAAAGAACAAGGUGAAAAAAAGUGGAAGUGAAGGAUGAUUGUUAUUGAAAUGUGUAAUGGUGGUCUAGCAUAUAAUUCAAAGUUCCCUCAAAAACCUACCAAUACCAUUCUUCCAACAAAAUCAUGUCAAUACAUGAUUUGAUACAUAUUACUAUCAGGCAUGUGUUUUAAAUGGAAUUAAGGGAGUAGAAAAAUGAAUAAAGUAAAUAGAAAUCCAUUCGAAAAGCAGCAACCCCUCAAAUUUAGCAGAAAUAUUAUUGUGAUCUCAAGGGGACAUAUAGGGCCUACAGUUAUUCAAUCACUUGUAAGCAUUCACUGAAUUUGUUUUUAGUUUUAGCAUAAAAUGAAACUGGCAGAUUUGAAUGUUUUCUGUCCAUUUUUGUUCUUGUGCUGUGUACACCUUGCCUUUAACAUGCAACUAGUCAGAAACAAUGUAACUGGAAACUGUCACUACAGCAGAUAUAAUUGUGGCAAAGAAAAACCAUGUGAAAUCAACAAAAAAGAGUGAAGAGAUGCUAUGUGAAAUUAUUAUGUAAAUGGUGUCAAGUUAGGAAAAGGGGAAGUACAACAGGAACCGGGGGUCCUUGUUCAUCAGUCAAUGAAAGUAAGCAUGCAGGUGAAGCAGGCAGUGAAGUAAGCAAAUGGCAUGUUGGCCUUCAAAACACGAGGAGUUGAGUAUAGGAGCAAAGAGGUCCUUCUGCAGUUGUACAGGGCCCUAGUGAGACCACACCUGGAAUAUUGAGUGCAGUUUUGGUCUCCGGGUUUGAGGAAGGACAUUCGUGCUAUUGAGGAAGUGCAGCAUAGGUUCACGAGGUUAAUUCCCGGGAUGGUGGGACUGUCAUAUGCUGAGAGAAUGGAGCGACUGGGCUUGUAUACUCUUGAGUUUAGAAGGAUGAGAGGGAAUCUUAUUGAAACACAUAAGAUUAUUAAGGUUUGGACACGCUAGAGGCAGGAAACAUGGUCCCGAUGUUGGGGGAGUCCAGAACCAGGGGCCACAGUUUAAGAGUAAGGGGUAAGCCAUUUGGAACAGAGAUGAGAAAACACUUUUAAAGACAAAGACUUGUGAGUGUGGAAUUCUCUGCCUCAGAGGGCGGUGGAGGCCGGUUCUCUGGAUAUUUUCAAGAGAGAGCUAGGCAGGGCUCUUGAAGAUAAUGGAGUCAGGGGAUAUGGGGAGAAGGCAGGAACGGGGUUCUGAUUGUGGAUGAUCGGCCAUGAUCACAUUGAAUAGCGGUGCUGGCUUGAAGGGCCGAAUGGCCUACUCCGCACCUAUUGUCUGUUGUCUAUUGUCUAUUGAAAGUAAAAUCAUUUUUGAGUUAUUCUGAUAGUAUAGAAAUACGAUUAAUUAUAUAUUAUUAUAACUGAUAUAGGACCAUUGUGGGGAAAAAACUUACUUUGUCCAAUUACUUUGUCCAAUUACUGAACUUUGUCAAUAAUGUAGCUUUAAAAUAUCAAAUAAAAUAGUGUGGGAUGUUAUUAUUAAUGUGCAGAGGAAUUUGCAUUUCUGUGUGUUCAAUGUAAACAACUAAAGCUUCAUUCGUAGGAAAGAUGAUAAGAAAACUGAGUAACUAAGUGGAGUAAUAACCUAUUAUGUAUCAACUUUAUUUGUAUUAUUUGUAUUUGAGAGAAAGUUCCAUUUCAAUAAAAUGAUUACAAGGAAAAUUAUAGUGUUUGUCAUACUUCCAAGGUCAGUUAUUGUUUCUUCAUGAAACCUUACUUAUUUUUGGCCAUGUAAUAGUUGUACCUUUAUAGGAAACAACCUAUCAUCUAACCUCCCAAGUAAAUAAAAUAAUAGCCAUAUUUAUGGGGAGGAAUGAGUCUUUGGCUGCUCAUGCUAUAUGUGCUGUAUGCUGUUGGAAUCUGACCCAUUAGUUCCAUUCACCUCUGUCGAAUGGAUGACCUUAAAAUUUUCAUAUAAUCAAAUCUAUUUGCCACAGUUUUGUUUAUUCAAAUAAGCAUCCUGUGUUUGCAACUUAAUGUUGCCAUUCACACUGUGCACAAUUAACAAACCAGUACAUGGCUUUGUAUCUCUGCUCUCAUUCUUCAAAAUGCCAACAGAUACGCAGCCAGUUUCUGCAACCUUCCUUCAUUAGCCAACAGGCAUAUUGUCAGUAUUACAUAGAAACAUAGAAAAUAGGUGCAGGAGUAGGCAUUCGGCCCUUCGAGCCUGCACCGCCAUUCAAUAUGAUCAUGGCUGAUCAUCCAACUCAGUAUCCUGUACCUGCCUUCUCUCCAUACCCCCUGAUCCAUUUAGCCACAAGGCCCACAUCUAACUCCUUCUUAAAUAUAGCCAAUUAACUGGCCUCAACUACCUUCUGUGGCAGAGAAUUCCAGAGAUUCACCACUCUCUGUGUGAAUUUUUUUUUCCUCAUCUCGGUCUUAAAAGGUUUCCCCCUUAUCC